AUGCCAUCUUUCAAAUCACUACAACCCGAAGUAUUCGUCCCAGAGGACGUUACUAUUUGGCAAUGGCUCUUCAACUCAAAGCACAGUCCUAUCAGCAAUAAUUCCGAUUCGGAGAUUGCGGGAUACACGAACGCUAUAACCAAAGAACAUCUGAGCUACCUGGACCUGAAGGCUCAUUCCACGCAUUUAUCGACUGCCCUGACCCAAAGGUAUGGAUUUCAACCUGGACAGACAGUUUCGCUCUUUUCACCGAAUACCAUUUGGUAUCCAUGUGCUAUGUUCGGUACUCUCCGAGCUGGUGGCAUUGUAUCUGGGGCAUCGCCAGCGUACAAUGUUGAAGAAAUGACAUAUGCCUUAAGGCUUAGCAAAGCCAGGUUUCUCUUCACUGUCCCAGAAAGUAUUCAUGUGGCGGAGAAAGCUGCAGCUGAUGCCGGUAUUCCCAAAAGCCAUGUGUUUCUUCUCGAGGGUGCUGUUGCAGGGUUCACCACCAUGGCGGAGCUGCUAGCAGUAGGAAGGUUAUAUGCGAAUCAAGUACAGCAAUAUUCUUUGCCUCUGGGCAAAACCAAUCGAGAUGUGUGCGGCUUUUUGUCGUUUAGUAGUGGCACAACGGGACUACCAAAGGCAGUCAUGAUUGCCCACUCGAACGUCAUUGCACAGUGUCUACAAAUUCAGCAACUUACACCGGAAAGUCAUAGACGGAUUCUCGCGGUAUUGCCUCUUUUCCAUAUUACAGGGCUAGUGCAUCAGCUACAUUUACCGGUGUUGCUCAAUGCAAACGUAUAUAUGCUACCAUCUUUCACCAUGGAUUCUAUGUUGCAAACCGUUCAAGAUUAUCGAAUCGAAGAGAUGUUGUUGGUUCCUCCAAUUUUGAUUCGAAUGAUUCGUGAUCGCAAAACCAUUCAAAAAUACGACUUGAAAAGUGUGAAGCGAUUUUCCAGCGGCGCAGCGCCUCUCUCGGAAGAGGUCCUUCAGCUCCUUCAAAAUGAGUUUCCAGGAACAGGUUUCAAACAAGGCUACGGGAUGACAGAAUCAUGUUCAUGUAUUACAGCCCAUCCACCAUCUAUGUAUGAUUUCAAAUAUGCUUUCCGUGUUGGUACCAUAGUCGCCAACACUACUGUCAAGAUCGUCGAUCCCGAUUCCGGUAGAGAAUGUGAUGUAAAUGAAGUGGGAGAAAUUUGGGCUAGAGGCCCUCAGAUUGUGAUGGGUUAUUUAAAUAACCAGAAGGCUACAGAAGAAACAUUCGACAAGGAUGGAUAUUUGCACACAGGUGACAUCGGCAAAAUUGAUGAAGAGGGAAUGAUUACAAUUGUGGACCGCAUGAAAGAGAUGAUCAAAGUAAAGGGCAUUGGAGUUGCACCCGCUGAACUUGAGGAUUUGCUUCUUGGUCAUCGAGAUGUCGAUGAUGUGGCUGUUCUAGGUAUUCCUGAUGAUUAUGCGGGACAGAGGCCCAAGGCAUACAUCGUUUUAAAGCCUUCGUCCACCCAAAAUACAAGAGAUACCGCUAUCAGCCUGUUAAAAUAUGUUCGAGAGAGGAAGGUCAGAGACAAGUGGAUUAGCGAAGUUGAGAUUAUUGAUGAGAUCCCCAAGAGCGCUAGCGGAAAGAUCUUGAGACGAGUUCUCCGAGAUAUUUCAAGAGCCGGUAGCAAAGGACUGGUGGUCAAAUCUGACCGUCUCUCCGCUAAGUUGUAAUUAUGAAAAUAUUUUUGAAGACAGCCAAAUCGCACGAGUCUAAAUGGUGUAUGCUUCAUACGCGUUUCGCAUUUUCACCAGCACGCAACAUCUUUCAAACCACGUAAGGCAUUAUUA